GUCUCGACAUCCAAUUCCUACUUCGGGGCUAUUCCUGUCGAGGGUAGUUUGUCCUCACAAAUCGUUCCCCGCUGUCGCCCUGGCGUCAAAGCUCGUUUCUGUGCUUUUUUUCCCAUCUCGCCUCUUUCCCUUUGCCGGCCAAGGCAACAAGGACUGCCACAACACGCCCCCUUCCUUCGUGAGCGCAGAGAACCAAACCAUGCCAGCUCACAUGGUAAGCCGGGCACGCACACACGCACACACGCACACAGCAAGGCAGCGGUGCCUGUGAUGUCUGUGCCUGUGCGCAGUCGGACAGAGGCUGCCGUGUCCGCGGUUGCACCUUCGCCAGCUGCCAGAAAACCGGCCGCCACCAUUGCAGCAAUUGCGAUAACACAGACUCGGACCACUUCGCCACUGAUUGCCCUUACGGACGCGGGAGACACAGUAUACCCUCGGUGAGCUGACACCCGCUCUCCACUUGUGCGUCUGUUGCCAUUCCAUCUCUCUGUGUUUCCUGUAGGGCGGGCGCCACUCGCCCAACAAUCGUCACUCAUCCAGCAGGGAGGGCUCAAGACAGCCGAAAGGCCGUCGUGUUGGGUGCCGGGUGCCUGGCUGCUAUCAUGCCAACUGCCUGAGAACCGGACACCAUUACUGCAAAUGGUGCAAGGACACCGACUCUGCCCACUUCGCCGCUGAUUGCCACCGCAAGCCCGGCUUCAGCGGGGAAUACCCAGCAAACACGGCUUUGGUGAGUGGGCCAAACAAACGGGGACCGCUGCAUGAGCCCAUUUGGUGUGUCUGCUCAUGCUCUUAGGCAUUUUCAUUGCCCUGGCCGUCGUUCCCAUUCUGGUCGCACUACCCGUCACCCCAGUACAGCUCCCCUCGCAGCAUCCAAGACAUCCUUGCCCACCACGCCACAGAUGAGGGACGCGCAAAGGAGCCCACGGACGUCACUCGUCUGCUGAGCACGCUGCAGUCGGCCAUGGGCGGCCGAGGGGGCAGCUUCCAUGGCGUGGAGAGGGUGCUGACCUCCACCUUCAUCGACGAGACGCUGCCCGUCCUGUGCGGCAUCCUCUCCAGGGGUGACUCCAGCUUCCCCCUGCAGCCGCCAUCCAGCCACCCACACAGCACAAUGGAGAAAAAGAUGACGGCUCGGCAGUGCUUCGUCCUCAUCGGUGCGGGCUUCCUCUGUCUGCACCAGCACGGAGACGGCAGCCUCAACUUCGAUCGCCUGUUCGACAACCACACACCCUCUGGCAUGGCCAAGCUGCAGUGCUUCAUCCACUACCUGGACGUCAUGGCGCGGACAAUCAAGCAGGGCAACACCGCCGAGACGGAGCGUUUGGUCGUGUUCCAAGCCCUCAGCAGCCCCGAGGCGGGUAUCCACGAGUGGGCGACAUCGACCGCCCCACUGGUGGAUGUGCGCUUCGUGCAAGGCACCCAAGCGUCCAUCUUCGACGCGCCGGCCAUCCGCGGGGACUUCGCCAAUGCCCACAUCGGCGGCGGGACACUGGGGAAUGGUACGCACACAAAGACGAGAGACAGACAGGUUGAUGUGCAUCGAUUCACAUGUGUCUUUUCCGUCUCCAUCUCUCUCUCUGUGUCUGUGUCUGUGUGUGUGUGUGUCUGUGUCAGGUGCGGUGCAGGAGGAGAUCUUGUUCUCGAUCGAGCCCGAGUGCCUCGUCGCCCGCCACCUCUUCCCCAGAGCCAUGCAGCCCACAGAGGCCUUCAUGAUCGUCGGCUCCAAGACGUUCAGCAAAACAUCUGGCUACGGCCGCGAGACCCUCCGCUUCGCCGGCCCUGUCCUCGACACCGCCACCACGAGACACGUCGAUGGCCAUCCGGUUCUGAACAAGUACAUCGUGGCCUUCGAUGCCGUCAACUUCGGCGAGCACAGGGGCGAUCAGCAGUACGACGAGAGGUGCGUGCUGCGGGAGCUCAACAAGGCACACGCGGCAUUGCCACUGCAAUGGCCAAUUGGCCGGCUUGGCCUUCGCGACGGGUGAGUGAGGCACACACAGAAUGGCCAU